GAGGACUCCUUGGUCUCUUCCUUCUGCACAGCUGAGUUCAGAGACAAGACACCAUGCCUCCCACCCUCACCGCCCUCACGGCCCUUCUCUGCCUGGGGCUGAGCCUGGGCCUGAGGACCCCAGUGCAGGCAGGGACCCUCCCCAAACCCACCCUCUGGGCUGAGCCAGGCUCUGUGAUCCCCUGGGGGAGCCCUGUGACCAUCUGGUGUCAGGGGGUCCUGAAGGCCCAGGAGUUUCGUCUGGAUAAAGAGGGAAGUGUGAAACCCUGGGACAGACAGAAGCUACUGGCUCCUGGGAACGAGGCCAAGUUCUCCAUCACACAGAUGACAGAGCUAUAUGCAGCGAUAUAUGACUGUUACUAUUUCAGCCAAGGUGUCUGGUCAGAGCACAGUGACCCCCUGGAGCUGGUGGUGACAGGUCUCCGGCCCAAACCCUCCAUCAGGGCCGAGCCAGGCCCUGUGAUCCGCCGGGGACAGCCUGUGACCCUCAUGUGCCGGGGAACAGCUGGGGCUGACCUGUUCCGUCUGGAGAAGGAUGGAAGAUCUGUUUAUCAGAAUCAAACAAAUGUGUCUCAGCGUGGUCCUCACUGGGCAGAGGCCACAUUCCACAUCAAGGCUGUGAGUGAGGACACUGCGGGGAGUUAUCGCUGCCUCUAUUACAAAGGGCCCCGCUGGUCUGAGCGCAGUGAGAUCCUGGACCUGAAGGUGACAGAUGAGGACGUCUUCCCUUCACCCUCAGUCCCAGGAACAGCCCCUGAAGUCACCCCCCCACCAACAGGACCAGUCUCCCAGACGGCCCCCGCCUCCCAGAAUUACAUGGUGGGGAACUGUGUCCGCAUGGGCCUGGCUGGUGUGGUGUUGCUGAUCCUGGUGGGGAUUCUGGCAGAGGCUGCGUACAGCUGGCACAGGUGGCCACACAGACCACAGGACUGGACACAAGUGAGCUGCUCCAGGACGGUGCAGGCUGCAGGGCUGGGCAUGGACCUCUGUCCCAGGGCUCUCCUGGUCCUCGUGCUCUGCCUGGGCCAGACCGUCCACACGCAGGAGGGGGCCCUGCCCAAACCCUCCAUCAGGGCCGAGCCGGGCCCUGUGAUCCGCCGGGGACAGCCUGUGACCAUCGUGUGCCGGGGCCCAGCUGGGUGAGCUGACACAUUCCGUCUGGAGGAGCAGAAUGGAAGAUCUGUCUAUUGGGACCAGACAAACGUGUCUCAGCGUGGUCCUCGCUGGGCAGAGGCCAUGUUCCACAUCAAGGCUGUGAGUGGGGACACUGCUGGGAGUUAUCGCUGCCUCUGUAACAAAGGGCCCCGCUGGUCUGAGCGCAGUGAGAUCCUGGACCUGAAGGUGACAGAUGAGGACGUCUUCCCUCCACCCUCAGGCCUGUCCACGGACCAUCUUUAUAUCCUUGUCGGGGUCUGUGUGGCUUCUCUGCUUUGCCUCCUCCUCCUGGCCCUCCUCUUAGUCCACCGGCAGCAUCAGAAAAAACGUGGGCCCCCCAGCAGCAAGGGCGAGGAGCCAAGGCCCCAGGAAAGGCUCAGCCCCACAGUUGACCUCACAGAGAGCCCAGCAGACGUGGCCACCACAGUGGAGGCCCUUGUGGACGAGGAAAACAGGGAGAUGCACAGCCCAAGCCCUGCUGCAGGGGACGCCCAGGAGGUGACCUAUGCCGAGCUGGACCAGCGGGCCCUCACACGGAGAGCAGCUCGAGCCGAGUCCCCACAACCCACGGAGCCCACAGCCGAGUCCAGCAUGUAUGCAGCCCUCCCCAGACACUGGUCCCUGUCCACCUACCCACAGGACAAGGACAGCAAAGAAAGGCUGGUGAUGCAGCUGAAUCCCACCACCCUCCUGGGCCUCGUGCUCUGCCUGGGCCAGGUGAUUCAGAGGCAGAAAGUCUUAAUCCAGUCUAGGCCAAUAUUUGUGACUCUCCGGGAACGGCCUGCAGCUGUCGUGUGCCGGGGCGCUGGGACUAAGUUCUGCAGCCUGGUGAAGAAGGACGAAAGAUAUGUGCACAGGAAACUGAGAACCAUGUCUCAACCCGGCUCACAGGGGACAGAGGCCAGAUUCCGCACCCCUGCCGUGAGUGAAGACACUGCCAGAUGUUAUAUCUGCCUCCAUCGCAAAGGGUCCAUGUGGGUUGUGUUCCGUAAGCCCCUGAAGGUGACGCUUCAGGACAUCUCCACCCUGUCCUCAGGACCAGUCUCCCAGACAGCCCCCGCCUCUCAGAAUUACACGGUGGAGAACUGUGUCCGCACUGGGCUGGCCAGCGUGGUCUUGCUGAGCCUUGUGGCGAUUCUGGCCAAGGCUGGGCACAGCUUAGAACCUGGGUCCCCACCCUGUCACGUCCCGGAGGCACAAGCUCAGAGCCGAGUGGCAUCUCAGCUCUGGUCUCAGCCGUCUGCGGGGACACAGGAGCCCUUGAGAGCAGCUGGAGGGAAGGAGCCUCUCGCCUUCCUCCGAGCCCCGGGGACGGGGGAGCCUCCAUCUGCCCACACCAUGUGGGUCUGUGUGCUCUGCCAAGUCCCACAGUGUUUCCCACCUGCACAGCCUUCUCCAGCGGCAGGCAGCACCAUGACCAUCCUGUCUGCCGCUUUCCUCUGCCUCGGACUGUGUCUGGGCCAGGAGACCUACCUGCAGACAGAGACACUACCCAAACCCACCAUCUGGGCGGAGCCAAGCACUGCUGUUGCUCAGGGGCAGCCUGUGAGCAUCUGGUGUCAGGGGCCUCAGGAAGCCGACAGGUACUACCUGCACCAGGAGUGGGUCCCGCAGCCCUGGAGAAGCAAGUUUCCACAGAGACCCAGAGACAAGGUCAAGUUCCGCAUCCAGCUCAUGACCCGAGACCUUGCCGGGAGGUACCACUGCAGGUAUCAAAGCCAAGCAAGCUGGUCGGUUCCCAGCGAGCCUCUGGACUUGGUGGUCACAGGGAUGUUCGACCCGCCCAGCCUCUUGGCCUUAUCUGGCCCCCUCGUGACCUCAGGAGACAGUGUGACCCUGCACUGUGGCUCGUGGCAGGAAUUCGGUUGGUUUUUUUUGUCUCACGAAGGAGGAAAUGGCCACUUCAAAAGCUUGGCUUCCCAGCAUGGAGCUGAUGGGUGGUUCUGGGCCCUUUUCACACUGGGGCCCAUGAGCCCGAGUCAGAGGUGGAUGUACAGGUGCUACGGUGCUUUCUCAGGCUCUCCUUACGUGUGGUCUUCCUCUAGCAGCAUCCUGGAGCUCCUGAUCUCAGGUGUGUCUAGGAAACCAUCCCUCUCCAUCCUGCCAGGUCCUGUGGUGGCCCCCGGGGACACGGUGACCCUCCAGUGUCACUCUGAUGAUGGCUAUGGCAGAUUCGCUCUGUCCAAAGAUGGGGAACAGGAGCUCCCCCAAGAGCCCCAGGCUGGUCUCUCUCAGACCAACUUCUCCCUCGGCCCGGCGAGCAGCUCCCACGGGGGCCGGUACAGGUGCUACGGUGGACACAGCCUCUCCUAUGUGUGGUCGGCCCCCAGUGACCCCCUGGACGUCCUGGUGGCAGCCUCGGCCCCUCAGAACACAUCACCCACUCUGUCAGCCCAGCCGAGCCCCACCGUGGCCCUAGGAGAGAAUGUGACUCUGAGGUGUCAGACUGGGAGCUCAUUUGACACGUUUCUUCUGCUCAAGGAAGGGGUAGCCAGCCCCCCUCGGCACAUCAGGGCUCGGUCCCAAGAUGGGGUGUUUCAGGCAAACUUCCCUGUGAGCCCCACCACCCUGGACCACGGGGGCACUUACAGGUGCUAUGGGUCACUCAGGAGUGCCCCCUUCCUGUUGUCAUAUCCCAGCAACCCCCUGGAGCUCAAGGUGGAAGAGGCUCCUGUUACUAUCAGCCCAUCAGUGCAGACCCCAAAUGCCACAAGUGGCACUCAACGCCCCGAUUACACAGUGGAGAAUCUCAUCCGCAUAGGUCUGUCUGCAUUGAUCCUGGUGGUGCUGGGGGUGCUGGUGUAUCAGGACUGGCACAGUCGAAGAGGGUCCUCAAAGGUAAACUGAAGAUGGAGUGCACCAAUGCCUCAGGAUUUGCAACAGAGACUUAGAUCAAAAUCACGCGUGCAAGGUAUGAUGACAAAGAAGGUCCAGAAAGUUGGAGCCACAAACGGUGUGAACUUGGUGUGGAGGACUUAGACAAUUGACACGGUGUGAUUAGUGCUGGAAGCAAUGACGGGGACUUCAGUUGUCCCUUGGGGGAGGCUCCCCUGUCACAAACGUUGCCCAUGCCUUGCUAUCUCCCCAGUUUGGGGCUUCUCUCACUCCGCCAUCUUCAUGACGCAACGUCCAUAUGAAGAGACUGUGCCCAUUACUUCACUCUGUCUCAUGCUCUAUUCUUACAUGGUGUUGUGAAUAUCUUGUUUCUAGCAUCCACAUUCCCUGGUGUGAGUUGCUCUCUGCCUCCCCUUCUAAGUGCAGAGACUCAGGUAACAUGGUUGAGUGAUUAAGCCAAUGGACUAAAACGUACAUCCAGCUUGGAAGGUGCAAGCUUAGAAUGUUAUCCCAGCACUGUGUCUGGAUUCUGCAAGCUCCUUUCUCUUCACCAGGUGCUUCCUAGGUGGCUUCUGCAACACCUGCACUUGGAGUCCACACUCUCCUGUGUGGCCCCAUGCAAGUGGCAGCUCACCUGUGAGCUUUUUGUGCCUCCUAUGUGACUGGUAGUGACUUCAGGGCUGU